CCUUCUUUUUUUUCUCUUUUCUGCAGCAUCAGUACCGAGGACGCACAAGAAGCACACUGUGAUAAAAAAAGGACAAAAAGAGGAAAGACAAUUUUUAUAUAAAAAAGAAAGGAACAAAGAUAUUUCUUCUUAGAGAGAAGAAGGGAAGAAGGAGGUUCUGAAAGAGAAAGGAGGAUAGAAAAAAGCGUCGGGCGCGUGAAGAAAAAGAAGAAGAAGAAAAAAGAGGAGAAAAAAAAAGCGGCUUUAUUAUCAUCAUCAUUAUUGUUUUUUUGUUGUUUUUUUAUUCUAUUUAUUAUUAGUGUCUCGAGCGCACCACGGCGGGGGAACGAUGAAGGACCGCACACAGGAACUGCGGAGUGCUAAGGACAGUGAUGAUGAUGAAGAAGUCGUUCACAUCGACCGAGGGAACUUCAUGGAUGAGUUCUUCGAGCAGGUGGAGGAGAUCCGCGGCUGCAUUGAGAAGCUGUCGGAGGACGUGGAGCAGGUGAAGAAACAGCACAGCGCCAUACUGGCAGCUCCGAAUCCUGAUGAGAAAACCAAGCAGGAGUUGGAGGAUCUAACAGCUGACAUAAAGAAGACAGCCAAUAAAGUACGCUUAAAAUUAAAAGCAAUUGAGCAAAGCAUUGAACAGGAGGAGGUGAUGAACAGAUCAUCAGCAGACCUGCGAAUCCGCAAGACACAGCAUUCCACCCUGUCACGCAAGUUUGUGGAGGUGAUGACCGAGUACAACACAACGCAGUCCAAAUACAGAGAUCGCUGCAAAGACCGCAUUCAGAGACAGUUGGAGAUCACUGGAAGAACGACCACCAAUGAGGAGCUUGAGGACAUGCUGGAGAGCGGGAAACUUGCAGUCUUCACUGAUGAUAUUAAGAUGGACUCCCAGAUGACCAAGCAGGCCCUGAAUGAGAUCGAAACCCGUCACACGGAGAUCAUCAAACUGGAGAACAGCAUCCGCGAGCUGCACGACAUGUUUGUGGACAUGGCCAUGCUGGUGGAGAGCCAGGGGGAGAUGAUUGACAGAAUCGAGUAUAACGUGGAACAUUCGGUGGAUUAUGUAGAGCGAGCUGUUUCUGACACCAAGAAGGCCGUUAAAUACCAGAGUCAAGCGCGCAAGAAAAAGAUCAUGAUCAUCAUCUGCUGCGUAAUCCUGGGUGUGGUCUUGGCAUCCAGUAUCGGAGGAACUCUGGGCUUUUAGGCUCCCUGAGUGCAGAGGAAGCGGAGCAGAUACACCAGACACAUAUAUAUCACACCUCCUGGAGAUACGGAAGCUCCUGUCUGGUUAUAAAUCACAUCAAACAAAAACACACCAAAAAAAACAAAAAAACAACGAAAACAAAAGCAUAACUAGUGGAUUAAACCAUAUAUGAGAGGAGGAGGGUGGAAUAAAUCAAUAAGCAUUCUAUUUACACACACUGUACAUGUAAAUGUAUUGAACAGGAGAAACAGCACAUGGGUUUAAACACCUGUACAAAUAUUACACUCUUCAUUUACUUCACUUCUUUUCACUUCUUUUCUCUUUUAUUUCUUUCUGCUUUUUAUUUGCUUUCUUUUCUUUUUGUUUAAGGGUGUUUAUUCCAGGACAGCGCCAUCAGCUGGGUUUAGAUUGUGCGCUUCCUUUUGAGUUUACAUCAGAGGAUGAGACUCGAUUACAGUCAUGGUUUCGUCAGGAGGGACUCCCUCACUCCUUACGUCUGUCCAUCCAUCCAUCCAUCCAUCCAUCCAUCCAUCCAUCCAUCCAUCCAUCCAUCCAUCCAUCCAACCAUCCAUCACUUUAUACAACAGCAGUGUUUCUUUUCAAAGCCUUCAAAAAUCUCCAGGUGGGAAAAAUAGACAGAAAGGAAAGGUGUGGAAUGGAGGAGAGGAGGUGGAUGAGUAAACAAGGCACCACUCAAAAACGUGUUCAACUAUGCAGCUUUGAUACCUGCUUUGAGUUCAGAUAGGAAUUGAGGUUUUAAAUCAAACUGAUUUGUAGGGAAAGUUUCGAGGUGAAUCAGUGAUUAUUUAGAUUUGGGUGAUUUAUGCAACACCUCUGCUGCUUUGUUUUUAUUUUAACACUUAAAUAAUGACCAGGUUUUUUUGUGCUUUUUAAUAGUUUGUGUUUGACUUGAAAAACCUUGGAGCUUGAAGGUCUCCUUGGAGUCUCAUCUAUGAUUUAUGACCAAUGAUAACUUGAUAGUAUUUUGUGUUUUGUGCAGUUUCUAGGCUUUAUCUUCCUCAUACCCAACAUGAAGUACUAAAUCCUUGCCAAAGAGCGUCUCUGAUUGGCCGACGCAUUUCCUCAUCAGCUUUUUAUUCAUUUAUUUAUUUGAUGAACACACAAUUUAAGGUCCAUCUACACAAUAAUGUUCAUUUGGAUUUUAAUCAUAUAUAUAUUUUUUAAGAAUAACCAAAAGUCCAACUUGUACAUGAAGCUCCGCCCCCUGACAGCUCCCAUUAGUGAAAAGGCCCCGCCCCAUAUUUCAGGUCCAGACUGUAAGGGUUUAGGAAAACACUUUAGAUGGGACAAGUCGCACUCAAGCUUUGGGACGCAACGAUAUGGUUCAGGAGGAAACCCCAACAACAACAACAAUAAUAAUAAUAAUAAUAAUAAUAAUAGUAAUAAUAAUAAUAAUAAUAAUAAUAAUAAUAGUAAUAAUAAUAAUAGUAAUAAUAAUAAUAAUAGUAAUAAUAAUAAUAAUAACAGUGUGUAUCUGAGUCCCUCCGUGCGAAAUGCGCCCCUCGCUCCGCUGCGCUCCGUGGUGUGUACGAUAUUAGUGUGUGUGUGUGUGUGUGUGUGUGUUACUGUAAUAUGGUAUGUGUUUUUUCUCACUGCAGCAUGGUUUAGUCACGUGUGUGUCGAAGUGUCCGAUCACGUACACGUCCGGGGUUCAGUAUGCGGGUCGUCGUCACUGUUUAUUUUUGACUCUUUGUCUAAAAGGCAUGCAGUGUGUGUGUGUGUGUGUGUGUGUGUGUGUGUGUGCUCGUGUUUCUGCAUGAUGAUUUAAUGAUCAAGUGUAACUGCACUUUACAGUCACAUCCCAUCACAAUGCGGGGGGGGGGUGUUCUUUAUUACACACACACACACACACCGUAAGGGUAUUAAGGAAGUGUAUUCAGUUAUGUAUAGUAAGCGUUGUGUGUGUGUGUGUGUGUGUAAGUGUGUAAGAGUAAUAAAACCCAAAGUGUAAUGCUAAUGAUCACUUGCUAAGUUACUUAGUUAUGAAUGAAGUUCACCAGUUGAUGCUGUUACUAUUCCACAAAGUUCAUUCUCACUUUCUCUACACUCAGACCAUAAUAAUAAUAAUAAUAAUAAUAAUAAUAAUAAUAAUAAUAAUAAUAAUAAUGUAGGCGCUGACCUGGAUAAAAAGUUUCUCGCUCUUUAUUAAUAUAUUUGUUUAUUUAAUAUUUUUUUCCUUUUCAUUUUUUUGAGGUUUACAAAACAAAUCAGCAUAAAAACUUCAUUUUAUGAUUUUCAGCAACUAUUUCAGUUUUGCUUUUUGCUGCUUAUUAUCAUUCUUCUUCUUCUCCUUCUUCUUCUCUUGAUUUGCUGAUUUGCUUGUGGAAGUGUCAGUGGAUUCUCCCCGCUCUGCUUUGGGGACAGUGUUUCUGCACUCCGGUGUUUAUGAAGGAGUGCAGAGGAUAUUUAUAAUAUCACAUAUAUCUCAUAAUCUGAAAAAAAAAUCAAAUCCAGUGAAGUUUUUGCAGUGGGUGGGUGGGGGGUGGUGGUGGUGUAUGAUGAUGAAGAUGUUGAAGAUGAUGAUGUGUAUGAGGGAUAGGAGCGAGUGGGGCGUGAGGAGGUUGUGGUGUGAGAGUAAUAUUGAUAUGGAAUGGAAGUGAACUGAACUGGAUCUCUGUGUCUGUAAUUAUUGUAAAUAAUUUAAAGAGAUUAAAAAAAGACCUGCAUGUCUAUGUAUAAAACAAUCUCAGAGAUUCCUGUCAAAGUUGACACAUUGGGUUUUUUUUCCCGCUCUGGGUUUCCGUCUCUCCGACUGCCUGCAGCUUUUACUUCAUAACUGAAAGGAAAAGUUUUAGAGAAAAUUGAAACUGAAAUAUCAGGCAGUUUGUUCGAAUUCAAUACGCUCCAGAGUUCUCCGAGAGAGAGAGGCUCUGAGAAAAACGUGCUUCCUCAAUUUCUCUCACACAGGUGGGAAUAAAAGUGCAGUUUGGGGGACAGGGGGCAAAAGGUCACGUUUUUAUUAAGAUCACAGAUUCAUGAAUUAAAUUUAGUGUGAUGGUUGAAUGAAAAUCAACCAAUUUUGAGCUGAUAAUUGAGUCUGCAAAAUAUCACAAUAUUUCAUUUACAAAUCUCAAUAGUGAGUAAAAUCUAUAUGCAGGAAGAGAGAAGGAGUCGUCUCUGCUGACUGAGGAAGUUUCUUCUCAAAAUCUAAAUUGUAUUUAUGUGUAGAAUAAAUUACUGCAGCAUUCUCAAUCAGUAGGAAUAUUAUUAUUUUAUUAUUAUUAUUAUUAUUAUUAUUAUUACUAUUAGACAGAAAUCUGUGCAAUACUCAGUAAAGGGCUUUUAACCCAUGUAUAAAAUAACCAAAUGUGGAGUAAACGAGUGAUCUGAAUGAAGACCUUCUCAGAACCUGCCUGCAGCUUUUAUUUCUACCCUGAAAGGACGAGACGGAAAACAAAGACCCGGUCGAGAAAAAACACUUUAGAUUCAAUAAAGGACGAUAAUUUAAUGAGCUGCAACUUUGGCGGGAAUCACCACGUUGUGUCCUUUUUUUUCCCUGUGUGUAUGUGUGUGGGGAUGUGUGUGUGUGUGUGUGUGCGUGUGCGUGUAUGUGCGUGUACUGUAUUGUAUAAAAAAAAAAGAAAAGACAGAAACAUGCUAUCUUUCCCUCGCUCUCUCUCGCACUCUCGCUCUCUCGCAUUCUCUCUCGUACUACUGUUUGCUGUUCUGUUUAGUUAGUGUGAUGUGCCAGUAUACCCUCUUGACCUUUGACCCCUGUGCCCGCACUCCCCCCAUGGAUCUUUAAGACGACGACUCUAUGCAGAUGCUGUCUUUUAUAAGUGUGUCAAAAAAAAAUUUAAGUUUGAAAAAAAGAGAAAAAGAGAAAACCCCGUCCAACAGACAUUAUGAAAUGAAACAGAAAAUGAAUAAAGAAAAGCAUUGUUCAGUGUA